AUGACGAAUCGCAAUCCUCCUCAGUCUUUUAUUUCAAGUUAUGCGCCGCGAUUGCGCACGUAUGCCAAUUCGCUGCUUACACCAGUCAUACAACCAGCAACAGCUGUCGCAGCACCACUCGGUCGAACAACCAAAAGAGGAACCACGGCAAUAAAUUAUGCGGAGGAUGGAUACGACUAUGAGGAGGAUGAGGAUGAUGAAAACAAGAGAAGGCCUACAGGUUUAAGGAGUUUGCGAAGGGAAGAUAUCGGACAUGCGAAACAAGAUCCCUCGGACAAGGUUGGCAAAGAAGCUACUGCGCCAGUAGAGGUUCAGGGAAUUUGGAGAGAUUGGAUGGGCAAGCAGAGACCAGGAAAAACGGACAUGCAAAAUUAUGCGCAAAUCGCAUUACCAUUGACGUUGAUCCCGAUUCGAAUCGACCUCGAUAUUCCUUCCUUCGCACCUCCUGCGCCUUUACCAGUCCCUGUGAACAUUCCAUACCCUACGAUUGAUACAUCCCUCUCGGUAUACAGACCACAAGAGAUGACAGUGCCAUAUCGCUUGAAGGAUGUAUUUUUGUGGAAUUUACACGAGACAUUGACAACCACAGACCAAUUCGCCCAGACCAUGGUACAAGAUCUGGACUUGCCAAAUAGAGGACAAAUGGCCGCGGAAAUCAGCAAACAAAUCCGUACACAACUUGAAGAAUAUGCAGGUGUGGCUCUUCAUCCACUCUUUCAUUCGCAACAGACUGCAACAUCGCAACAGACUGCAACGGCGAACAGCACUUCAACUACCAUAAAACUAAAUUCGACAUCUCGAGAUGCCUCGGGUACACCUGCUGCAAGUGGAAAUGCUACUCCAAUGCGGAAUGGCAUCAGUCAAUCCAAUGGCUUUCUAACCCCUGCUAAAGCACCCACUGUCCCAUUGCAAGAUAUCACUGCCACUGCUGCCUCAAUACCACCCGAGUCUGAUGAAUACAAUCCAGAUGAUAUGUACCGGUGCAUCAUUCACUUGAAUGUUAACCUUUUGAAUCACCUCUACACAGACAAAUUCGAAUGGUCACUAUUACACCCACCAGGAACCGCCGAAAUAUUUUCAAAACAAACCUGUGCAGAUCUUGGUUUACCUCGCGAAUGGGUUCCAGCCAUGACACACGCUAUCUAUGAAGCAGUUAUAAGACUGAAAAAGGAGGCUUGUGAAAGUGGUGGUUUGGUCGGCGGUUAUGGGGGAGAUAUACCUAACGAUGCCGCACACGGCAAGGAAGCCGGAUGGAGAUAUGAUAAUGAGCACUUAGCAGAUGAGUGGGAACCAAAGGUUGAAGUCUUAUCGAAAGAAGAGAUUGAGAAACGAGAGGGUGAUAGAGAAAGACAGAUCAGGCGAAUGCGCCGAGAGACUGCUCGAUUUUCGUCGAAUUCUGGGAUGGCCGGUGGUCUUCCAACACCUGGUGAAAACAAAGGAUACUUUGAUGAGCCACCAGCUGAAGAACGCAUGGGACGUGGAGAGAGAAGUAAGAAGAAGAGACGCUUCAGAAGUCUUAGUCCAUCGGGGAGGUCUGGAACACCUGGUGGAAGAGGAACUCCAGAUACUGGAGGUGUUACCGGAUAUGGUGGAGGUGGUAGCCUUACCGAGUUUGAGCGGAAUAGUUGGAGAUGCUCCCACUGUAAAGUAUGGGGAACAUCGGUUUGGUGUGUCAGGGAUGGACCAAUUGGACCAAGAACCCUUUGCAAUAAUUGUGGAUUUCUCUUCGAAAGAGACCGCAAACUACCUCGUUGGGCCAAAGAUCUUCACAGGCAAGACCUCCGCUCAAGUGAAUACCGAUGA